AUGGGAUACAGACACCCAAGUAGUCAGGUGACAUUCACUCGGAAUAAAAGAUCACGUGUGGAAGCGGUGGAAUCGGCAGAAUCCCCGUUACGAGUUGUAAUCAAAUUGAAAGACAAGUGACUUCUUUUAAGACCGGAUACCGCAGUGGUCGCAUUGGCCGAAUCGCUGGUUGCAGAAGUGGUGGUGGUUGUGACAGUGGCGGCGUUAUUGCUGUUACCUGAGAGUAAGGUUGGUGCCACUUUGGCCAAUGGCUUCAGUGAAUCCGCAGGUGAUCUGCCAAACACGGGGUCAUUUCGCCUCAAAGAGGCAGGAUUUGCACAAGUUGUAGAUCCAGAUGUUUGUACUGAGCCCGGAGGUCCCAAGCGCCUAGUGACUGAUGAUGGAGGCAAUGUAAUCGAAUUAGAGGAUAUGGUGGAAGAAGAUGAAGAUAGGUCGGAAGAAGAUGGAGAUGGAGUACGGGAGUGGGACAAAGGGGAAGAAGCAGAUGAGGAUGAAGACGAAGAUGAAUCACGCAGUGAGGAGAGAGAAGAAGCGGAACGGGGAUGGCAGUUUGAUAAAGCAACUGGUAAUGCCGGUUGGGAACUGCCGGACUGA